AUGGAUCAAACAAAAUUUAAUUUUUAUGACAAAAUUGUGUCAUUGGAAAAAAAAGUUGUGAUUGUAGACAUAGGAUAUAAAUACACAAAAUUUGGAAUUUGUGGUGAUCCACAACCUCGAUGUAUUAUUCCUACGAUAAUAAAAGACACUCAAAGUGGAAAAUCUAAAAAUGUAUUUAAAUAUGAUACAAUUGAAGAAUUGUAUAAUAAUUUGGUGGAUUUUUUUUAUUAUUUGUAUUUUAAAAGAAUAUUGUUAAGUCCGAAAGAUACAAAAGUCAUUAUUGUCGAAUCUUUACUGACUCCUAUUCAGGUUCGUGAAACUCUUGCUAAAGUUUUAUUUUGCCACAUGCAAAUUUCUUAUCUUCUUUUGGUUCCAUCACAUAUGGUGGCACUAUAUACUUUAGCAGUUAGUACAGGAUUAGUUUUAGAUAUUGGAUACAAGGAAGCUUGUUUAAUACCUGUUUAUGAAGGAUACCCUGUUUUGCAUGCUUAUCAGUCAUUUCCAUUGGGUGGCCUUGCAGUCGAAAAAAAUAUCAAAAGAUUAUUAAUGGAACAUUACGAAAAAGAAAUGCCUUCAAAAUUAAAACUCAUUGAAAAUUUAACAGAAAAACAAUUGGAAGACAUUAAGGUGAGAUUGUGUUUUGUCACAACAUUCGAAAGAGCUCAACAAAUUUUGGAAAAUAAAGUGUUGACUCCUCCACCCUCUGUCGAAUAUAGAAUCAAUGGUACUGAAUUAUUGACGAUUCCUGGAAAAGUUAGAGAGACAGCUUUCGAAGUAUUGUUUGAUUUAGAUGCUGAUGAAAUAUCUUUACCGACAAUGAUAUUAAAUUCAUUAGUUGAGUGCGCUACAGACAUGAGAAAAUCAUUGUCAGAAAGUAUUCUUUUAAUCGGAGGAACUGCCAGUACAUUAGGAAUAAAAUCUCGAAUGCUUGCUGAAUUAAAAUCCUUAAUAAAAAUGCCUAAAUAUAGUAAGAAAUUAUAUGUUGACGAUUUCAAAAUGCAUGAAAGUCCAUCUCAUGAAAAUUACACUGCUUGGUUGGGAGGGAAGAAUAUAAAAUCAAGGGUGAAAUACCAGAUUGGGCAAAUUUAA